AUGGAUGACACCACAUUGCCCUCAACUUUCGUGUCUCCAUCGCCGUUCCAACUGCAGGUUGAAAAACCUGAAAAAAGCUAUGUCAUUUACGCAUGCUCCGUUUCAUUGUUUUCUGCGCUCCGUUCAUUGUUUUCUGCGCUGCUAGCAGAGGCUGCUGAUGAUUCACUCGAGCAAGUGUGGGUAACUAUUAACAACAGUGAAUGUAAAAUCGUAAUCGGAGUUUCCUAUAUUCCACCCAAUUUGCGAAAUGAAACUGAGAUUAUUGAUCGUCAUAUUUCGUCAGUAGAAAAAGCCGUUAAUUCCACUGGUAUCAAUGACGAUCUUUUUCUUUUCGGAGACUUUAAUCGCGCUGGUCUAUCCUGGUCGGUGCAGCCACAGUCCAAUUAUCUUAUUGUCGACGCCCUGCACUCAUCUGUGAACGCUGGUAGUACACAUUUGUUAGACGGCAUGGCUUUUAACAACAUGUUUCAGAUCAAUCCUGUUCGGAAUCAGAAUGGCCGGUUCCUAGAUUUAAUUUUUGCAAAUUUGCACGCUUUGCCAUCAUGCUCCGUCACCACUGCACCCGAUCCUCUGUGUAACAUUGAUGUUCAUCAUCCACCAUUGAUGGUUACCUUCAACAGACCUGUAAAGGCUCAGUUUGUAGAUGAGUUCGAUCCUCCCAGUUUCGACUUUCGGCGGGGAAACUAUGAGGCGAUAAGUUUGGCACUGAGAGGUAUCGAUUGGAGCUUUAUCAACCAGUGUAGAAAUUUGGAUGAGGCUGUGUCACGAUUUACUGCAUUGAUUCAGGAACUUAUACAUUCAUAUAUUCCCAAAGUUCGUCCUCGCUAUAAGCCUACCUGGGGAAACAGGCAUCUUGCUAGGCUCAAUCGUGCUCGCAAAUCAACUCUGCGUGCCUAUCAAAGAAACAGAAACCCCGUCAAUAGGAUCCGUCUCACCUCUGCCAGUCGAUCAUAUAAAGCCCUAAACAGAAAACUAUAUUCGUCUUUCGUGCGCAGAACAGAACACAACCUACGUUCGAACCCGAAAAGCUUUUGGAGGUUUCUUAAUUCGAAACGUAAGGAGGAUGGACUACCAUCUAGCAUGUUUUUGUCAAAUAGUGUAGCGUCCACGAAUGACAGUAAAUGCGUUCUGUUUGCCAAGUAUUUUGCUGGUGUUUUCAAUAGCGAGUGUGCAUCCUCGGAUGAAAUUGCUGAAGCCAUGUUUCCUGUUCCUAGUGACACAUUUUGCGCCGAUAUCUUUACAAUCUCAAACGAAGAAGUUGCUGAAGCCAUUUGCAACCUGAAACAAUCAUUCUCUCCUGGACCCGAUGGUAUUCCUGCCGUUAUCCUGAAGAAAUGCGCUGCAGUUUUAAAGUCACCGCUAGCCGCUAUUUUCAACCUUUCCCUUCAAUGUCAUCUAUUUCCUCGCAGCUGGAAAGAAUCUUUGAUGUUUCCGGUUUUCAAAAAAGGUGAUAAAUGA